ACUACAAACGCAACAUCAAAACAGAGAAAAUCGAAUUUUUUUUUUUUAAAUAAGAUAUCCAGAAUUGCAGAAUGUCGACACAAGAGACCCAAGUAUCCAGCCUGCCGAUGCCGCCUGAGCGGUACAUCAGCAACUACACGGAGGAGAAUAUACGACGAAAUCGCGCUCCACGGCCACCGCCGCCGCCGUCGCAGCACGAAGUUUACAGCAUGUUUGGCAUCCAAUACAACAAUGACGAAAUGAUACGCUCCCUGGAGUCGCAGAAUAUCAAGCGCCUCAUCCCCAUACACUUUGACCGUCGCAAGGAGCUGAAGAAGUUAAACCACUCGCUGCUGGUCAAUUUUCUGGACCUUAUAGACUUCCUCAUCCUCAAUCCGGACAGUCCGCGGCGAACAGAGAAGAUAGAUGAUCUCAGCCUGCUGUUUGUCAAUAUGCAUCAUCUGCUGAACGAGUUUCGGCCGCAUCAAGCCCGUGAAACGCUGCGCGUAAUGAUGGAAAUGCAGAAGCGGCAGCGUGUGGAGACCGCCACUCGUUUCCAGAAGCACCUCGAGCGUGUGCGUGAAAUUGUAAACAGCGCGUUCUCUGCCCUGCCCGUCCUAUGCGACGACGAUGAUAAGGACAAUGCCAAAGUCAAGACGGAAGUGGAUCCCCUGGAAUCGAAUGCGGCAGCCAAGAAUGAUCCAAGCUAUCAGCACGAUCGCAUGAUGUGCAAGCUGGUAGAUGGCAUCGAAUGAGAGUGCAGCAGACUGGUCAUAGUGAAUGACAUCUAUUAUAUUUAUAGCCCCCCAAAUAGCACUCUAAGAAUAAACUAGUUUUUUUUUUGUGAAGCGAA